AACCGGUUUAACGUCAGGAUUUGCAGAAGUAAGCAGUCCCCAUAUACACGGUGUGGAAUAUUAAUGGGGUCCAUGACACCAAUCACCAGCUUUGACUGCUAUUGUGCAAACACCUCAGGCAGUCAAGUCAUACCGUACCCGAAAACUCUGGGAAGCUGCCCUCGAUGCGACCGGCUUCGAGCUAUUCACCUUUAAGAGGUCACCACCAUACAUUUACAGGGGGAGCCAAAUCCUGGAGUCCUGCAACUUUUCAUCACUGCUGCUAGUAUGAAUCAAAUGGCAGUGUUGCUUGUUGAGAUUAUGUCUUGACCUUUGUUCAGGCAAAACUAUAAGGAAAAUGUUGAUGACAGGAACAUAAAUUGCAUGGCUGCUGAUAGAUAAGUUGCACAUGUUAUCUCGAAGAUGGAUUUUCUCAUUAAUUCAACUGGAGCAGUUAUCCAUUAGCUGAUCUAAGCUUGAUCUUUGCUGGGUCAUGCACAUCUCUGAUACUAGUAGAAGAUUUCAGGUUAUGGGGGGGCAAAAAGAGCGAUUUGUGAGGUUUCAAAGUGAUUCAGGAUCUGAAAGAUCUCUGGAAAUAGAUAGGGGUGGACUUGGUGAAUAUGUUUCCAGUUCUGAUAGUUUUGGACGAACACCAAGUUCUAUAUCUUCUUCUGUCAGAAGAGGGUGGGAAAAGGGCUCACAGGGUUUGAAGAAUAUUGGCCGAUCAUUGCGUUUUGGGGUCUCAAGGGAAGUUUUUUCUGAAGACUUGAAAUCAUCUGACAAAAAAAUAUUUGAUCCUCAAGACAAGUUCCUUCAGAAAUGGAAUAAGAUAUUUGUUAUAUCAUGUCUAGCUGCAGUAUCUGUGGAUCCAUUGUUCUUUUAUCUUCCGGUCAUUAACAACGAUUCAGAAUGCCUUGAUAUAGAUGAUAAUAUAGCAAUAAUUGCUACUGUGCUUCGGACAAUCACAGAUAUCUUUUAUUUAAUGCACAUGGCCCUUCAGUUUCGGACUGCCUUCAUUGCUCCAUCAUCUAGAGUAUUUGGAAGAGGAGAGCUUGUGAUAGAUCCUAUAAAGAUAGCAAAGCGCUACUUGUCAACAUACUUCAUAAUUGACAUUCUUGCUGUUCUUCCUCUUCCACAGGUGGUUAUCUGGAUUAUUAUGCCAAGAAUGAGAGGUUCAGCUGCACUAAACACCAAAAAUUCAUUGCGAUUCAUUGUCUUGUUACAGUACCUGCCCAGAUUUAUUCGAAUAUUCUCUCUUUCUAAAGAGGUAAUAAGAACAGCUGGUGUAUUGACUGAAACAGCAUGGGCUGGUGCUGCAUACAACUUACUUCUUUAUAUGCUUGCAAGCCAUGUUCUUGGAGCUUGUUGGUAUUUUCUUGCAUUGGAACGGCGAGAUACUUGCUGGCGAGAGGCUUGUAGUAAUAAUUCAAACACAUGCGAAACUAGGAUGCUCUAUUGUGAGAAGCAUUCUGAUCCUCCGCAUAUAUUAUCUGAAGCUGACAAGAAUUAUUUUCAAUCUUAUUGUAAUGCAUCUGGUUCUGAACAUUUUGACUUUGGGAUUUACGCUGAUGCCCUUACAAGUCGAAUUGUCACAUCACCAAAAUUUUUGCAGAAGUAUUUCUAUUGCUUGUGGUGGGGCCUACGGAAUCUAAGUUCACUUGGGCAGAGUCUGGUCACAAGCACUUAUCUUUGGGAGAUUUUAUUUGCAAUGUUUAUUGCUAUCCUCGGCUUGGUUCUGUUUGCCCUGCUUAUUGGCAACAUGCAGACAUAUCUGCAGUCUUUGACUGUUAGGUUAGAAGAAAUGAGAGUGAAGCGCCGAGAUACAGAGCAAUGGAUGCGCCAUCGUUUACUUCCAGAAAACCUCAGGGAACGCGUCCGCCGGUAUGACCAGUAUAAGUGGUUGGAAACAAGAGGGGUAGAUGAAGAGACUUUAAUUUAUAAUCUGCCAAAGGAUCUGAGACGUGAUAUAAAACGUCAUCUUUGCUUGGAUUUGGUCAGGAGGGUACCUUUGUUUGAGAGUAUGGAUGAACAACUUUUGGAUGCAAUGUGCGAACGACUCAAGCCAUCUCUUUAUACAGAGCAUACAUAUAUUGUAACAGAGGGAGAUCCAGUUGAUGAGAUGCUUUUCAUUAUUCGGGGUCAUUUAGAAAGUGACACAACAAAUGGAGGAAGAACUGGGUUUUUCAACCGGGGUUUACUCAAACAAGGAGAUUUCUGUGGGGAGGAACUACUGACAUGGGCUUUGGAUCCCAAGUCUGGUGCAAACCUUCCGUCUUCUACAAGAACUGUGAGAGCCUUGACUGAGGUAGAGGCAUUUGCACUAAGGGCAGAGGAUUUGAAGUUUGUUGCAAGUCAAUUCAGGCGUCUACAUAGCCGUCAGGUUCAGCACACUUUCCGUUUCUAUUCUCAACACUGGCGAACUUGGGCUGCUUGUUUCAUUCAAGCUGCAUGGCGUCGAUACUGUAGAAGAAAAAAUGAAGAGAUUCGCCGCAGAGAGGAAAAACGACUGCGAGCAGCUCUUUCAGGGAACGGAAAUGCUUCUCCUAGUCUUGGAGCAACUAUAUAUGCAUCUCGAUUUGCUGCUAAUGCCUUACGUUUUCAUAGACAACGUAAUUUGCAGCUUCCAGAAAGGACAACCCCAGUAAUUAAGCUUCAAAAGCCAGCAGAACCAGAUUUCAGUGUUGAAGAUGCUUGAUGAAACUAGAACACGAGGGAAUAAACAUCUUUCCUCCUGUGAAUGUGUGCGUUAUGUAUGCUAGGUUUGAAAACUUGUGUAAAUAGCUUUUCAAAAUUGCCACCUUGUACUGUCCCAUGAAAAAUAUUUUUAAAAAAUUGUAUCCUUAAUAUCCGUGCUCAAAAAAAUCAAGUCUGAAGAUUAGGAUCUGUCAAGCAAUCUAAUGCCCAAUGCACUGUACGGAUACACACCCAUCUGAAUACAUCAGAGUUCAUUGAGAAUUUGUUGAUGAUUAUGUUUAUAUAUUCUUUAAGCGUUUCAAAUCUAUAAUGCAAUAUAUUCAUUUUCCUCUUAUGGUUUGAACUUGUAA